CCGGUACCGGCCGAUCAGAUAACGACGGCUAAGUUAUCGUUUUGGAGAUAAAAAUACCUUGUGGGGUAAACAACAAUAUAUAAGAAGUAAAGGGGCGAAUUUAUAAAUAUUGAAAGCUCAUAUUCGAGAAAACCCUAAUUUCAAUAUACAGGAUUUUUUACCUCGUCGUCUCUGAAACUUCAUCUCUGCCGUCUUAAGAAGAUUUUGCCAGUGCGGGAAGCGGCGGAGAUUGAGAGAUUAGCGACGAUGGAGGAAAGCAAACAGAACUAUGACCUGACGCCACUAAUAGCGCCUAACCUGGACAGACACUUGGUGUUUCCUAUAUUCGAGUUCCUUCAAGAGCGUCAGCUUUACCCUGAUGAGCAGAUCCUGAAGUCUAAAAUCCAGCUUUUGAACCAGACGAACAUGGUUGAUUACGCCAUGGAUAUUCACAAGAGUCUCUACCACACUGAAGACGCUCCUCAAGAAAUGGUGGAGAGAAGAACAGAGGUUGUCGCUAGGCUCAAAUCUUUGGAGGAGGCUGCUGCACCACUCGUGUCUUUUCUUUUGAACCCUAACGCUGUGCAGGAGCUAAGAGCUGACAAGCAGUACAAUCUCCAAAUGCUCAAGGAACGCUACCAGAUUGGUCCAGACCAGAUUGAGGCUUUGUACCAGUACGCCAAGUUUCAGUUUGAAUGUGGCAACUAUUCUGGUGCUGCUGAUUAUCUUUACCAGUACAGGACCCUGUGCUCUAACCUUGAGAGGAGUUUGAGUGCCUUGUGGGGAAAGCUCGCAUCUGAAAUAUUGAUGCAAAACUGGGAUAUUGCUCUUGAAGAGCUUAACCGUCUCAAAGAGAUUAUUGACUCAAAGAGUUUUUCAUCGCCGUUAAACCAGGUGCAGAACAGGAUUUGGUUGAUGCAUUGGGGUCUGUAUAUCUUUUUUAACCAUGAUAAUGGAAGGACACAGAUCAUUGAUCUUUUUAACCAAGACAAGUAUCUGAAUGCCAUCCAAACUAGUGCUCCACACUUGCUGCGCUACUUGGCAACUGCUUUCAUUGUCAACAAAAGGAGAAGACCACAAUUGAAAGAAUUCAUUAAGGUCAUUCAGCAAGAGCACUACUCCUACAAAGAUCCAAUUAUCGAGUUCCUGGCAUGUGUGUUUGUCAAUUAUGACUUUGAUGGGGCUCAAAAGAAGAUGAAAGAGUGUGAAGAGGUCAUUGUGAAUGAUCCAUUCCUUGGCAAGCGAGUUGAGGAUGGAAACUUUUCAACUGUACCACUGAGAGAUGAAUUUCUUGAAAAUGCCCGCCUAUUCGUCUUUGAAACCUAUUGCAAAAUUCAUCAAAGGAUUGACAUGGGGGUACUUGCUGAAAAAUUGAAUCUGAACUAUGAGGAGGCCGAGAGAUGGAUUGUGAACCUAAUCCGCACCUCAAAGCUUGAUGCCAAGAUUGAUUCUGAGUCAGGAACUGUAAUCAUGGAGCCUACUCAGCCCAACGUGCAUGAGCAGUUGAUAAACCACACCAAAGGCUUAUCAGGACGAACAUACAAGUUAGUGAAUCAGCUCUUGGAACACACACAGGCGCAAGCAACUCGCUAGUCAAAAUUUUGCUGUGGAAGCCUUUCCUUGAUAAAACUCACCUUCGGUUGACUGGAAUUAUUUUCUUUUUCUUGCUCUGAGUUCACCUUUUACUUUGAAAAAGAUUAUUAUGGAGUUGUUCUAUUUGAAAUGUUGGAUCCACAGAUUGGAACAUUUUCCAACCAAAUCAGCAUUUUGUAUCCACCCUAAGCAUUUAAAGGUUUUUGCAAGCCAACGUAAAUUACUGCCUUACAUUGAGCAUCUCUGAUUUGCGUAAUAGUAAGUACAAU